GGCGGAUAUACUGUAGAGGACCACAAACACAAACCACUUCUUCUCCUCCCCACGUGAGAGUUUGGUAAAUGUGUGGCGUGAAAUCACGUCGUCCUCCUUCUUAUUCAGUAUUACGUAAAAAACACAUUUUAGCCAUAUGGUUAUUGCAAGUGAAACCAUGGAACUAAUAGAUGAGGACGAGAUGCUUGGCGCGGAAUCGGAAGACGAAAACAGCGAAUUAUCCGACAGUGAGCUCCAAGAAGCUUUUGCAAAAGGCUUGUUGAAACCUGGAAUGAACUUGGUGGUGGACAAAUCCAAAAAGUGUGCCAAUAAUGUGGAGGGUUUGAAACUGUGCUUGGGAGAAUUGAAGAGAGACCUUCCCUGGGUAGAGAGAUUGGACCGUACCAACCCACCAGUUGAUGAUAUCUUUGCGAAGACUGGAGGUAAAAUACCAAAUGUCAGCAAUGGAGACGUCGAUGCAGAGGAUGAUUUCCAGAGGGAAAUGUUCUUCUACCGUCAAGCUCAAGCAACAGUUCUUGCUGCAUUGCCCCUCCUGAAGAAGCACAACAUUUCCACCAAGAGGCCCAACGACUACUUUGCUGAGAUGGCCAAGUCCGAUCAGCAAAUGCAGAAGAUCAGGAAAAAGCUGCUUGCUAAGCAGGCGGUGCUGGAGAAGUCAGAGAAGGCCAAGAAGAUCCGCGAACAAAGGAAGUUUGGCAAAAAGGUCCAAAUACAAGUGAUCCAAAAGAGACAGAAGGAGAAAAAGGCAAUGAUGUCUGCUGUUAAGAAAUACCAGAAAGGAAUGAUUGACAAGUUGGAUUUCUUGGAAGGAGACAAGACAGCAACAAAAGACACUCCUAAGAGCUCCAACAAAGCAAUGAACCAGAAAGGAGCCAAUGCCAAGAGGAAAUAUAAGGAGCAGAAAUUUGGCUUUGGAGGCAAGAAGAGCGGAAAGAAGUGGAACACCAAAGAAAGUUGCAAUGAUGUUUCUGCUUUCCGUGGCAAGGUGGCUCAUGGAAAGGGGGCCAAAGGAGGGAAGAAAGGAAAGGGAGGGAAACAAAAUAAACGUCCAGGCAAGUCUGUACGCAAGAAGAUGAAGUCUCGCUCAUGAAAACAAGACUGAGGUUUUUCAAAAGGACUUGAACUUUGCUUUUAGGGUGAAUUUCCCAACAGCUGGUUCUUGAAGACACACAAGAAAGUUGACUUUGGGAACUUUUGCUGAAUCAUUCUUCUGUAAGGUGUGUGUAAAUGGUUGAAGAAGUACAUACAAGUAAGGAAGACAUUGUGCUGUGUAACUGGCCAUGUACACUCAACUACAAAUAUUUUCUCAACGAUGUUAAAAAUAAAAUCUCCAUCCCCUUAA